UAAAAGUCCACUGAGCAUCAACACAUGAGUUAAAGCUGCUGAAAACAUGCUUUGAAAUCUGAAGUACUUCUCUAUAAAAGAAAAUAUUCAUCAUUACACGUGCAACAAUCAAAGUUAAAGUUGGAAAAGAACACAUAGUUAUUAUUUAUUAUUAGUGCAGUACUCAAAAGACCCAGCAAAUCUGCUUCAUCCGGACUGUGUAAGACUGGUGUGAUCAGCUGUCAUCGCAUUUUGAUAUUGAAAUAUUGCUAAAUACUGAUUGGUGUGACAUCAGUUGUUUUCUAACCUCUUCCUGCCCACUUCAAACCAUCAAGAAUGAAUCAAUGUGAAAUGAAAAAUACAGAAAAUCCUUAAAUGAAAUAACAGAAACUGCUAUUUUUCAGGGCCUAUACGCUAAAUGGGGAAAUACUUCCAAUCCCUUACACCUCGAGACUAUAGUAUAAUUGAGACUUAUUACAGGUGACAUGUAUUUUGAGUCUCAUCAAGUUCUCCUUGUACGGUAUAAUACCUCUGCAGAUAGUGAUAGCUAGGCGUGACCCGCUGUUGGAUCUGUUGUCAACUGACCGCUGUCCCUCAACCAUCUUUGUCUGGCUGGUAUGUGCCUAUCCACGGUCCCAUGACACACUCCUGGUCUAAAUAUAAAUAUCCAAGCAGGGUGUUCUACUGCUAAGGUCACAUUACGUCAUCCCAAGCAGCAUAUUCUCAAUCAAGUAGCACUCAGGGCAUGUGCUUCGGAUUGUGUCGCAGUCUUUAUUCUAUCCUGGGUCACAUCAGGGGUUGUUUGAAAGUGACAUGACACAGUAACAGCUGGUGAUUGAUUGUCUUCCUGCGGAGAGGGCUCAAGUUUAAAAACCUGGUGAAAAAUCCUUAUUGUGUGCUAAACUUGAUGUGCUUCUCUUGAGACUUUUGGCUGACAUGGGUAAUGGAAUUAACAAGGUCCUGCCUAAUCUUUACCUCGGAAAUAUCAAAGAUGCACGAGACAAGGAGCUUUUGGCACAGCACAACAUCACCCACAUCCUGUCCAUCCAUGACACAGCUGCACCCAUCCUGGAGGACAUGACGUACCUGUGUAUAUCUGCUGCUGACCACUCUAAACAAAACCUGACUCAGUACUUCAGAGACAGCAUCAUGUUUAUCCACGAGUCCCGACUCAAAGGAGAGGGCUGCCUUGUCCACUGUGUUGCAGGAGUGUCCCGCAGUGUGACUCUGGUGGUGGCUUACAUCAUGACCGUGACGGGCCGCGGCUGGGUGGAGGCUCUGGCGGCGGUGAGGGUGGCUCGGCCGUGUGCAGGGCCAAACCUGGGCUUCCUGCGUCAGCUGGAGGAGUUUGAAAACACAGAACUGACAGAAUAUCGAGCCUGGUGGAAGGACCGAUACGGGAAGAACUCGUUCAACGAUGAUGAGGAGAUGGAAACCCUUUUAACCCAGAAAUCUAACAGCAAUUACACAACAACCAGGAUCCCUCCUGCACUGGGCACAAGUGGCACCUGAAAAAAAAUGUCUUCUCAGUGUCGUUUUGCCCUGAACUCGAGCAGCCGAAGGACUGUGGGCUUCUCCUUGGACCAUUAAACCCACUAAGACCAGACCAGCUGUUUGAAAAAACUCCUGCCUUCAUCAGCGAUCCUGCAGAGAAAUGCCUCAGCAGGAACAAUUUCUGUAUCGAUAUAUGUUGAAUCUCAUGUUUGCAGAAUUGCUACCUAGUCAUGGGAUGGGGGGAUUUUUAUGUCAUUCUCUCACUCCCCCUUGUCAUGACAUGUCCUCAACACUAACUGUCAAAACAACAUGCAAGGGCAGUCAAGCAUGACACCAAGAAAAUAUGUACAUGCAGUCCACAGUGUGAACACACAUUUAGCAGUGUGCGCUCCCCCUGUCAGUUAUGUUAUGCUGUGUCUUCUACUAUAUGAGUAUUACUUUCUAUAACAGUGUGGAGCUAAAAAACACUGUCUCUUCCAGUAAAACAGUAUCAGAAGCAAUAUUUAUUUAUUCACGCUGUUUUAUUCCUUAAUUACAUUUUUAGUUAAUUACAUAUCCAUAAACCUGAGACUUAAUUUGUCAAGUGAAUAUUUAUUUAUGUACUUGGUUCCCAACCUAGGGCCCCACAAAGGAUUGGAAAGGCAGAAAAUAAGCACGUUUUUUUAAUGUUUCUUAAUUUUAGGCAUUUCAUAAAACAUUCAAAUGAAAGAAGGUCUUUGGCUGAAAUGGUCACAAGUGGGAGAAAAAGUAUUUAGAUCCUUUCCUCAAUUAAAAGUAGCAAUGCCAGAAUGUAGGAAAUACUCUAGUAAUGCAAACACAUUUAAAAUCUUGAUGCAUUUGUGUAUAGGCAGAAUUUUAAUAUUGCUAUUGGUUCUAACUGCUUUAUAUACUACUGCGUAGUUGAAUCAAUAAGAAUUAAUAAUAUUUUAUAAGCUGAUCUAAAGAAGUUACUUUAGCUAUUAAAUCAAUGAUGUGCAGAUACUGAAGAGUAUCUGACCAUUUAUAGUUCAUAAAUGUUCAUAUUUUUACUAAUAACGUUUAUUGGGAUUGUUCUUAUGUUAGGAUUAUUGUUAUCGUCAUUUUAUAAAUUGUGGUUUGUUUUCGAUCAAGUUCUCUGCUUAAUGUUGUUUUAAUCUUGUUUUUGUGAAGCCAUUUAGGCUAUAUCUCCGCAUGAAAUGUACUACACACAUACAGUUACUAUUUAAGUAAGUACAAACUUAAGUAAAUGUAUUUAUAGUUACAUCCCAGGACUGCAACUGAUGACAGAAGUCAGACAUUGCUUUAUUUAAUUCUACAGUACUUAAAUAAAUACAUAAUAAAUACAGUUACUACUACAUGUACAACCUUAAAACUUGAGUAAAUGUAUUUAUAGUUUCUUUAUUUAACUCUUCUUUAAUACUACAGUAUUAAAGUAUAUCUUACACGUUUAUGUAUCAAUGAUCCAAUAAAAUAAUAAGGGUAUUCUGCAUAAUAAGUUACUUUUUAUACUUUAAGGCAAGACACUACAGCCCAAAACAUUGUGUUUUUGUGCACUGGGCAGUUGUGAGAUUUGGGGCUAUUUUGCUUCCAUAACAUGUCAAAAUACACUUUACCACUUUUUUCUCCAAAGGUUGGCAUUAGAUAAUGCCUCUUUUGCAUAUUUAAACAUAAAAUGUCAUUAAUCUUGUAGGCCUAUUACAAAAAAUACAUGUCUUUAUGUAAGUGAAGUUUCAAGCUGAUAUCCAUAAGUUUAUCCACAUUUUUAGCCUAUUCACCUGUAGUGUCUCUUUUUAAUUUUAAAAUACAUAUGUUUAAAGGCCAUUUCCUCAAAGUUAAAUAGUUUUCUCAUACUCUGAGCCACUACAGUUGCACUUUUCAGCUUUAUCCCUCUUCUGAAGGUUCUUGCACAUAAUUAUUCAUUGACUAAUUUAUUGCUAUAGGCCUAACCUAUUUUCCUAAAAACAUGGCAAAAAUUGAUUUUACUAUGGCUGUUGAGGUUAUUUUCUGGUUUAUGGACUGAUUAAAAGAGAUUUUGACAACAUUUGACUCUAAUAUGUUAACCAAAUGAAUCAAAACUUUAUCCAGUGUUCCGAUUUCUGUUCGGGAAAUAUAUGCAAAUCCCAGCACAGACCAGACAGACUGUACUUACACAAUGCAAAUCUGCAUAUUUAAACAUACAAUUUCUUACUUGUAACAAAUAAAUAUUGUCUUAAUGUAAGUAAUCAACUGGAGAAGUUUCAUGGUGACCUGUAGUGUCUGGCCUAUAGGCUCCAUUUGUUGCUGAUAAUUGUUACACUUAAGUACAGUUCCACUCAAGUAAAUUGCUGGUAGCCUAAUUACUUGGACUUAAAUCUACAUUUUAUACUUCUACUUCACUACUUUUUAGUGAGAAAUAGUCCUAUUGUGCUUUGUGUUCCUCUACAUUCACAUGAAAUCUAGUUAAAAAUGACUUAUGCUGCUACACAAUAUUGUAUUAAAUAUUUAAAAUUAACAUUAUUUCUUAUAGGUGAAUACAUCAGUGAUGAUAACCACAUAUUGUAUUAUAGGCUAUACAUUCUUUAUUA